GCCCUGCAUGCAGUUCAUAGUGUGCUGAUGCUGGUGGAUAAAGACACAAGCCCUCGCCCUGAAAGACACCCUGGGCUACAGAUGGACGUGGUGACCUCUCUGAAGGCCCUGCACAAGACGGUGGAGGGACAACAGCUGACCUCUGACCUAGGCGGGAACUUUCCCUACAGCCACACUGAUUGGCUGCAGUUUCACCAGAAACUGGUUUCCUUUGUGUUGGACUUGCAAGAGGCAGCCCAUUUACUACGUAGAGCAAUCAAGAAAAUUGAUGGUAAUCCAAAAACGGACACCGACCAGAAUGUGCAGCUAUGUAUUCAAGAUCAGAAGACCUCAAUGAAAGAGGUGCUGCAGGAUGCCCGAUUGGUCCAUUUACAGAGAGAAGGUGGGGCCAUCCUGACCAGAAUGAGGAGGGAGGAGUUUCGAUUUACCAAGUCCGACGACUACAGGGAUGCCUUGGAGUCAGUGACGGUCCUAUAUAACCAGAUGGUUGAGAGUGUUCAUACCCUGGUGAUGAGGUCCAAUGAAUCACUAAAGCAUCUGGACUUCCUGCUCAAACUCAGGGAGGCGGAGUCAAAUCUCAACACGGCCAAGGCAUGGUUCGAUACAGAAGGAGAGCAACGGCUGAAGGACUCCAACUCCACUGAGGACACCCUGGAGAGUGUGAACCAAGCCUUUCAGCGCUUUGACACCGUCCUCUCUCAGGCCAAGGAGAAGAAACAGAAGACCUUGACCCUGGUGAUGGAGGUGGAGAAGAUUCUGGGUUCCACUAACUCCAACCCCGAGACUGAGGUUUUUAGGACUUUGAUGAACACGUUCAAAUCCAAUAUGGCCGACUUUAUGUUGCGCGCCGAGCAACGGCGUACCGAGCUUGACAACAUGGUGCAUGUCUACCGCUUCUGUGAAGAGGCUGCUGCCUUUGCCAAGGAAUGCAGGCAAUAUCUGGAGCAGGUAGAGACAGGGUGCUAUCCUGCCAAAGCCAAUCUAAGCAUGCUUAAGACCUACGAGGAGAGAUUGGGUGACUGCUUCUCGGCCCGACACUUCCAGAAGAUCAAAGCCUGCAGCAUGAAGGGGGUGCCCAAUAUGGCCAAUAACUCAGAGAGGGCCUCCGUGGAACAGAUGGAGAGCAGAGACAGCCAUGCUAGGGACAGCACUCACGUCACGUGUUUUAACCUCCCUUUCAAAGCGGACUCGAAAGGGAGCAAAGGAGCCAAAGAAGCAUCCCAGUCGCCCAAAUCCCCAGGCAUAGAGGGGUAA